AUGUGGAUCCGCUUCCUGGAACCUCUGCUUCUCUCCCUGGUCAACUCGCCAUACCGCAUAGCCCCAGGUUUUGCCGAGUGGGUGCUAUUCGGUCUGCUGUGUUUCUCAGCUGGCUUGGUGGUGGGCUCACUGGGCACAGCAUUGCUCUGCUCGCAGCGCUUGCGGCGCUUGGUGCUCAACAUUCUGGUGGAAGGCCUUACUGCCUACGACAGGCCUCCAGCUAAUCUGCGAGAGGAUCGAUUGGCUGGAUACAGGGUGCACGUGGGUGGCGAUCCUGAAGCUGAGCGCGAACCAGAGCGCGAGGAGGAGCAGAGAGCAGAUCCAGACAAUAUCCCAGAGAAGCUGAAGACCUUGCGUUCGGCAGUGGAUACAGCUGAAUGGGACUGGCUGGUGGGCCAGCUUUCGGACAGAUGCUUUGCUGCAAUCCCAGUUUUCAAAAGAUCCAAGGGCGUGCUGGUAGCCAUUCCGCAGGCUGCCAUUUCUUCAGACGAUCUGGAGGCAGGAUAUGUGGGCGAGGAUCUUCCAGACCUAGGUAUGGAUGCCAUUCUUGCUCAGUUGGAAAAUUUGGCUACUGCAGUCAAUGGACUUCAAGGAGACGUGAAUGCCUUGAAGCAAGACCGACCCAGAGGGUCAGGAGAGGUGGCGGAGCCAGAAGGCGAAGAAGUGCCUGGUGGCGAAGCCACGGAAGAUUUGGACACUCUGCUCAAGUUGGCUUUGAUCAAAAUGGUUCACAGAGACUCCAACAAAAAGACCAAGAAGAGGCAUUUGGGGUUGCAUGUGGAGAGCUCGGACUCCGAGGAGGCCGAAGACCCCUUGCGACGUUUGAGUGGUGCAAAGGGGACCAUUCUGCAAGAAAGAUUGAGGUCAUCAAUGACCGCGAGCCCUCAGGAGUAUGUGCAAGCAAUCGAGUUGAUGGCCAGUUCUCCCUUGGGAAAAGGGACCCCCGACAACAAUACCAUGGAGAAGUAUGUGCGAGAAGAGUUGCCGAUCGGCACGGACCGCAACCUGGGCUACAUGGCGUGGCUGCUGGUGAAGGCGGCCGGGCCGCUGAAAGCUGGAAAGCCUCAACAUGCACACCUUCUCAUCCUUUUGGGAUUGGCCUCUCUCGAGCAGUUCAAACUAGACUCCAAUUGGAGCGCGGCGUGGAGGGUCACCAACUUGAACCUCCCGCCAUUUAUGGAGUGGCAGGUGCGCAGUGGCACUGUGACUCAGCUCCGCAACGACUUUGCCCAUUCGAGGCUGCUACACCCCACGUGGGCGGCGGCCAUCUCAGCUCGGAUGAGGGACGAAGAAGUUUUGGUGAAAAGACGCGGUCCUUCAAAAACGCCAAACGAUCUGGAUCGAAAGGACCAAAAAGGCAAGGGAAAAGGCAACAACAGUGGAAGUCAGAAAGAGACCCAGCAGUGA